AUGUUUUCUGCAGUAUCGAUACAGGUUAAUAAAAUCCAUAUAUGUGGUGGUUCCAUUCUGAACAUUCGUUGGAUCAUAACAAUCGCGGAGUGUGUAAGGGACAGGGAUUUUGAAAUGGUGAUGGGCAUACAGAAUCAGCAGGAUGAGAAGAAUGCGUUCAGGCAUAAGCCACUUGAAGUGAUUAUUCACUGUAACUACGACCAAUCACAAGCUACCAACGGCAUUGCGCUAGUGAGAACUACUAACAGUAUUAAACACAGCUGGAAUAUCCGACACAGUAAUCUGGCGGUAGAGGUGCCGCCAGUGGGUGCUAAAAUUCGUUUCACCGGCUGGGGUGGCGAAUCCAAAAAUGAGACAUUUUCAAACAAACUAAAGAUCCUGAAUGCCAAAUCCGUGUCCCAUACGAACUGUCAAGGUCGCAUAGAUCCACAUAAUGUUUGUGCACAUUUUCCAAAGGACAUGGGCCCCUGCAAUGCGGACAUCGGCAGUGGUUUAUUUCACUUCGAGGAUCUGGUAGCCGUGGCCGGCCCUAAAUUAUCGUGUGGUGAAAAUAGAAGCGAUGAAUUUGCCUCGAUUCCAUAUUAUUAUGACUUUAUACGCACUACUAUAAGCACUUGUGAUAAAUUUUAG